ACAUGGAGGAAUCGCGCGCGCAGCUGCGAACAGAACGCGGUUGUGCAGAAACUAACCCGGCCCGCACGACGAUUCUGACGCUGUGCCUGUGCGAUCGCUUUGCUUCUCCCUCGUGUACCCCGUGUUUUUAUCGUUGUUACAUUGUUCCGCAUUUUUAAUAUGAAUUACUAAUAAUUACUAAAUUCCCGCCGACAUAUUCACAGUGUUGUGUUUGGUAGUGCGUUAAAUAUCGUGACUUAGUCCAGCUUACUUAUUAAAUUUGCCGUGAGUGUACAACGAAAGCCAGCGUAGCAUGAUUUCAGUUAUCAUCGAUUUCCCUUUUUUACGAUACCAAGUGUAGAGUCUACGUGCACAUUUCUCUCAUCGUAUCAUAUUAGGAACUAAAAUAUCACAACUACACAACGGCAUUUUAGGAGGGAUAUUGAAUAACUGUCUAAAUCAACCUGAAAGCUAUCGUUGUAUAAGCAGGACCCGCCAUGAAGAUGCGCUAGCUAGAGGUAUGGGACCGACGGAAUGGGUAUGUGUACUGACCCAGGGGUCAAGUCUCGUCCACUGACAGGCACUGCAGUAACACUGCUGAUUUUUGCCUUCCUCGCUUCUCAAGCGCUUGAAGGUUUGUGUUUCCAAGAUGCUGUGCACAUUACAGCAAUAUUGGGUGAGUCCGUGGUGUUCAACUGCCACGUGGAGUUUCCAGAAGGACACCCAGUGCCCUAUGUGUUACAAUGGGAGAAGAAGGUAGGCGAAACGGGCCAGGACAUCCCAAUCUACAUAUGGUAUGAAAGUUAUCCCACACACAGCGGUCCAGGUUAUGAAGGUCGUGUGUCCAGAGUUCCAGCUGACUCGCCAUACGGUGCGGCAUCGCUCAACCUGACCGACAUACGAGAAUCGGAUCAGGGAUGGUACGAAUGUAAGGUGGUGUUCCUCAACCGAUCCCCAAAUGGCAAUAAGAAGAACGGAACCUGGUUCCACUUGGACGUACAUGCGCCGCCGCGCUUUAUAGUCACGCCGGAAGAUGUAAUCUAUGUUAAUUUGGGGGACGCCAUAAUACUCAAUUGUCAGGCGGAAGGAACUCCAACGCCCGAGAUAUUGUGGUAUAAAGAUGCUAAUCCUGUAGAACCUUCUGGUAGCAUAGGAAUUUUUAAUGAUGGUACUGAGUUGCGAAUAUCCAACAUUCAUCAUGAGGAUAUUGGCGACUACACAUGCAUCGCGCGGAAUGGUGAAGGUCAGAUCUCACACACGGCUCGUGUCAUUAUUGCCGGCGGAGCGGUUAUCAUGGUACCGCCGACUAAUCAGACGAAGCUCGAAGGGGAGAAGGUGCAAUUUAACUGCGAAGCCAAGGCUCUGCCCGGAAACGUCACCGUCAAGUGGUAUCGUGAGGGCGCCCCUGUUAAAGAAGUUGCUUCAUUAGAAACGCGUGUUACUAUUCGGCGUGACGGCUCUCUAGUCGUGAAUCCUGUCAGCGCCGACGAUAGCGGGCAAUAUCUAUGCGAAGUCAGCAACGGAAUUGGCGAGCCGCAAUCGGCCUCUGCCUACCUGAACGUGGAAUAUCCGGCGAAAGUUACAUUCACGCCGACCAUUCAAUACUUGCCUUUCCGUUUAGCAGGUGUAGUGCAAUGCUAUAUCAAAGCCAAUCCUCCCCUACAAUACGUUACGUGGACCAAAGACAAGCGACUAUUGGAACCCUAUCAAACGAAGGACAUCGUCAUUAUGAAUAAUGGCUCCUUGUUGUUUACGCGAGUAAAUCAAAACCAUCAAGGCAGGUACACGUGUACACCGUAUAAUGCUCAGGGUACGCAAGGGUCGUCGGGUCCCAUGGAGGUACUGGUACGCAAACCACCCGUGUUUACCAUCGAACCCGAGAAUAUGUAUCAACGCAAAGUUGGCGAGACAGUCGAGAUGCAUUGUGAUGCACAGGAGGCCGAAGGCACGCAGAAACCUAACAUCGAGUGGCAGCGUCGUGAUGGUACACCGUUACAGAAAAAUCGUGUUCGUACCACCGGCGGUAACAUAACUGUCGAAUCGCUGCGGCGUUCCGAUUUUGGGUUUUAUCAGUGCGUCGCGUCCAACGAAGUUGCAACCAUCGUGGCUACUACACAAUUGGUGGUGGAAGGCACUCAGCCACAUGCGCCGUAUAAUUUAACUGGUACUGCGUCAGAAUUUGCUGUAACACUAGGAUGGCUACCUGGAUAUAGUGGUGGGCCGGAUUAUAAGCAGGAUUACACGAUAUGGUAUCGAGAAGCUGGGGUCACCGAAUGGUCGACAAUACCCGUGACACCCUCGGGAAGCACUCAGGUUACUAUCAAUCGAUUAGCGCCAGGCACAACGUACGAGUUCCAGGUGGUUGGCAAGAACGCUUUAGGUGAUGGUAUGAUGAGUCAGAUAAUCACCGUUCGAACAUUGGAUGUUUUAGAUUAUAGUAUUGUUAUUUUACCGACGGAUUCGACUGGUGCCGUUUAUGUUCCUCCAGUUUUGAAGCCGAAAGGACCUAAACCUGGCAUACCUAGAAAUUUAACAGUGACCGAAAUUGCAAAUGGCUUUAUGAUCAGUUGGCAAGCGCCCAUUGAACGAGCCAAUCUCAUACAGUACUAUACAAUUAAGUAUCGCACGGACGGGCCUUGGAAGAAUUUAAAUAAGAAUUCAAUCCGACCAGUAGAUACGAAUUAUUUGGUUAAGAAUUUGGUUGGCGGUCGAACUUACUACUUCAGAAUUUUGGCGAACUCGUUGAAAAGCUACGAGAGCAGCGAAGAGGUCAAGUUCCCGGUGCCUGCCCGUGUUAAGCACAAAGCCAUAACAGCCGGCGUUGUCGGUGGCAUUCUUUUUUUUAUCGUAGCUAUAAUAUUAUCAGUUUGCGCCGUCAAAAUAUGCAACAAACGCAAACGGCGGAAACAAGAAAAAGCUUACAACAUGGUAGCAUGCCGUAUAACGGAUUCCAGAAAUGGCGGUGGUACAACGGAAAGUCAAGUGCCUUUGAAAAAACUUAGAAAAGGCCGAAUACCAGGUGUAAGGGCGAUGCACUUCGUGUUUAACUGGGUAUGGCCAAGAGACCGCUGCCGCUCGGGUAGUAGUAUCAGUUGGCACUCGGAAUAUUUGCAAGCACCAUCCAAGUCAUUGGCUCGAAUAUCGCGAACAGCCGACGGCCGGUUUGUCCUGGGGGAUGCGUCACUGCGAGCCGACAGUAUUUCGAAUUUAUCCAGCAGUGACGAUGGCGGAUUCCUGUCACGACGGUCCACGCUACUAAACAGAGCCUCCUGGCGGAAGCCCCUCAUCGGAUAUCCGAGCGAGCUGAGCUUGAGAUCGGAUGCAUCGGGUGAGAGUGCUAGAGUCUUAGCGCGGUUCAUUGCUGGCAAUCAUCCGCACUAUCCAAUGAAGCCAAUACCGACAAUCUACCACCCGCAGCAGAUUCAAUCCAGUUCGCCCGCCGCCUCCAGCGCUCUGUUGCUCUCACCAUGGACGCCAAUGUAUUUCAGUGAUCUCAGUUCUGUGCGCCACCCGAGCAGUGCGGAACGCUCCUAUCCCACUCCCCCGGGUUUCGUGCAGUUGCGCUCAGUGCAUGAAAGAUACUCGCAGGAGUUGCCCAGUCUGCGAGCCAUCCACGAGGAAUCGCAAGGCUUCAUACCGGUGCACCCGAUUCGCGACAGCCCCCGCAUCCGUAUGCCCACCGCGUAUUCGCGAUCGCGCGCCCGCUUGCUGCCAAGGCAUGCGCGAAUUGCUCGCAGCGCUCCCGAGCUGGGAUCGCCUGACAACCUGGAUCGCUCUCCCGAGAGUCGCUCCAGCAGCAGCGGCUUUGGCAGCAAGAAUACAUCACAGCAAAACCAGAGCUCACAGAGCGGCAGCACGUUUACCGACUGGCGGCUGCCGCCAUACCGACCUCCGCCACCACCGCCGUGCACCCUACCUCCGCCGCCACCGUUAGUCGGGCACUGGCUGGAAUUGAUGUCAACGUCACCAUCGACAUCCGAACAUCUGAAGGCAGUCGACGUGGGCAGCGUGGAUGGACACUACGAAUUUGAUCCUUCAACCCCGACGCCCACGCCGAGCACGCCGACAGGACCAAGAGAGAUGGAUUUGGAAGCACCGACGUUCCGUAAGUCGUAUGGCACGCCGCGCAGUAUGCGCUAUGACAACAUCGACGCUCGCGUUCAGGCCAUGAAGGAGGAAUUUAAUGAGUUUCGUAAACGGCAGGCCAAGCGACGCAUCAGCCACGAAUUGGAGAGCGCGUGCUAGAUACAAUAAUGUGGCCCCCUAAUUCACAAAUUAUGAACUUUGUGCGCAAACUGUUCUUAGUGUGAUUGACAUGUUCUAAAUUAUCAAAAAUAAUUACACAAAGAAUUACUAAAUAAUCAAGACUUCAACCAAAUAAAAUUAUGACAAGAAAAUAGAUUUGGUAAUUAUUAUACGAACGGGCUGCUCGGUUAAUAAUUCUUAUAUUAUACAUGCCACUUAAUUUGUUUCUACUAUAGAGAUAAAAGAGUAACGUAUAAAAUAAGUUAAUACAUACAAACAUUACGUAAGUGAAUAAAACUUACUUAAAACGGCUCAAACAAUUGUUGUAAUAUUGAGAACUGAUCAUACAUUUUAAUAAAACAAAAAUUUUAUAAAUCGAUCUACAUGCGCAACACGUUGAAGCAGCUGACACAAUUUCAUUGAGAAAAAUCUAACCACACCGAAAGGACGGAAACGACUUCGAAUACAUAACAUUCUGAAACGACGGCAAUGCGAAUCCCAUUUUACAUAUAAAAAACACAAAAAAUCUAAAAAUUUCCAAGCAAUAUUUUCUACUAGGACCUAGUUAAGUUGAAAAUAUAUUGAACGGUGCCUUUACACCUUUAUCUUCAUAAUUUCAAGAGUCAAUAUAUUACAAUGGAGUGAACAUGAACAACACGAGCAAUGGUUAUUUCUUUCCGGGUUGUGUCGGCUGGCAUCAGCACACUGCGCAUCAAUUUCGCUCGCGAAUUGGCCGAUCGAGCCGUGAAUAGUAAAUCUGCCCGAUUUUCACUGCACGAAUAUCUACGCCAUUGGCAGGCCGAAAUUACAAUGCGUACACACGUUUAUGCCCAUCGGAAUUAUCGAGAUGCAUAUUAAGAUACACAAAAUACAAUACAAAAUAUAAUAAAUUCUAACGCUUUAGCGCGCGGCCAGUUUAAGUCGCGACCAACUCACCAGGCUGUUGCGUAAAUAACUUAUAAAAUAGAUGUUUAGUUAGGGAUUGUAACUCUAAGUGAAAUGGAUACAACAAAACGAUGUCAUUUUUUGAAUGUACCUUCUGUGCUCAACGGUACAAAACACUCCACGAAUACACGAAUACACACUCAUAGGCCUCCUUUUUGAGUGUCCACUUUUUGAAGACUAAGUAAAAAUACAAAACUAAAAUAAUAAACUAUUUGAGAAAAGGAGGAACUAAUUGGUAACAGCGCAAGUAAACGUGUCAAGCAUUCUAUAACAUCUCAAAACAACAAAAAAAAACAUGGAGGUAAUGAAUGUAACUAAACGGUCAGAAUGAGAUUGGUCAGCACAUUGUCUAAUAGUGUAUAUACAAAUUCGUAUAAAUUAAUUUAUGCCCAAUGGUGAACUCCUUAUCGAAAGGAUCCAAUGAUAAGUUUUUGAAAAAACACGAAUAUAAUGCGUAAACGUUUUGUUUUCUUCGAUCUGAUACUAAUGCUGGAUUGAAUAAAACAAACAAUAAGUGAUAUUUUCUUUUAGUACAAUUAGAUUUAAGUUAUACGUGUGAAAUGGGUUAUACAUGUGGAAUUGGGUGCUAGGAUCGAAUAAAGGUAACUGUUAUCAGAUGCAUGUACCAUUUAUCUGAUAUAAGUUUCGAAAUGAUUUGAGGAUUUUAAUCAUUUGGUUGCUUUGUUCGAAGCGGGAGACUUGGAAACAAAUCUAAUAUGAUAUAUGAUGAUAUAUAAUGACAUAAAAUUGUAAUUAUACUUAUAUAUUACGAUGAAAUGAAAUUCUAAGAUUUUUUUAUAAUAUAUAAAGAGAAGUAAAUGAAUCAGAUUUCUGAGGAGCCAUCUUGUCUUGCCUUGUUUAACGUUAAAUUUAACGCAUAUUUAUUGGAUGCUGUGGAGGUGAGAAAUUGAUUACGAUUGUUGAUUACGAAUAACUGGUUAGUGAAAUAAUUAUAUCCAAAAACUAUGUUUACAUCAAAAAUUGCUUUGAUUUUUAUUUGUGUUCAAGUCUGACUUAAUUUAUUUUUACGUCUCGUACAAAUUAGUUUAUGUAAUGCAAAGCGAUGGGAAAUGUGUUGACUUUUUAUUAUAAAUAAUUCUUACUGAAUAAACCCGUUCAAUAUAACACACGCACUCCCACAUACAUGAUAACUGACGAAAGGGAAGUAAUCACACGUGAAAUCUUGUAUGUCUUUAUUAAUAAUUCAGGCAUCUGUUAUUUUCUCCAAAAAUCAUAAGCAUAAGCAUAAAUCUAGAUAAAAAAAAAACAAAAACAUUUCUAAUGUACUUUCGAAAACCAGAAGGAAGUAAAUACUUAAUGAAAAUAACAAAUACAUAAUUAUCACCUUCCUCACGAAAAAAAUAAGAUAUUAAAUUAUAUAAAUGAAUACUCUACGAUCAUAGAUAAUUAUUCAUAUUAAUUAUUAAUAUUAAUAUGAUUGUACAAUAUAUAUUGCAAUUAAAGAUACCUUGAAGAUACGAGGAGGUGCAUAAACGAAUCCACCCGAUAUUGGUUGAUUUGCAGAAGUAAUGUACUUAUGUAUGAUGGUGACAAACUACAGCACAUUUGAUUCAAUUGAAAAUUUAUAAUAUAUAGUUAAGAAUAUAAAUAUACAUUAUUCGAAACUAAAUAAAUUAUAUUAUUUCAGAGCACACACAUUUAUGCGAAUUUAGAAUUAUUAUAUUAUAUUGUAGCAAAUAAACUAUAAAAAAAUGAAACAUGAAA